AUGACGCUCUCGAUAGGCUUUGACGUUAUUGACAACCUACGCGCUUCAGCAUCUCAAGGCCAACAUGCCCAUGUCAUUCAGCAGACCUUCGCCAUUGUCAACGAAUUACAGAAUCUUCAACUCCAUCUACUCGACUUGCGAGCACGAUCGUACGUUGCUUGUGCACAAUUCACCAACGCCUUGGAAACGGCAACUACAAUGCAAGAAAUCGAUCCAGCAUCAGCAAUCGGUUACCUGUGUCAAGGAUACAUCCAUAUGGAACAAGGUCGAUACAUUGCAGCAUCCCAUGUGUAUGACAAAGCACUCGAGCGUGUUGAUAAGCAUGACCCAUUGUAUGAGACCGUUCAGGCAGCCAACACAGAAGUCAUUCAACAAGGUGAAAAGCGUAGAGACUUUAUAUGCGACCUUCCUAUGGAGAUCAGCGCUUUUAUCAUCCAGCAGGUGUUCACUUGCGACCCAUUCGAUCAGCAGCGGCAAUACGUCACGGUGUCAUGGGCUUGGUGGCAUCGUAUCAUGGCAUCGAAUCAUCUUGAAUACACCAUGCAAGCACCUGUUCCCUUGGAUGAAACCAAUGACAUGGUAAUUCAAUCAUUCAAUUAUACGUGUUCACUUACACUCAAAGCAUGCAAAUCCCCUUUCGGUGCAGUCUUUCAACAACAUCGCUUUACAUGUUUGACAACAUUGGCAGUUUAUGCUUCAAGAAUGGGUGCCUUUGCUGAAACCAUCUUAGCGUUGCAGCUGAUCGGUUCGCAAUUAAGGGACCUCACGUUUGUAUACAAGGCAGAUCGCGUCAUACGUCUUCAACAGGACUAUCGAACUCGGCUCCAAUACGUCAUGGAAAAGUGCCCAAACUUGAUAUCAUUGCAUUGUGAAGCAACGAUCGACAUUUCAGGCAUCGAUCACGUUUAUCCAAAGCUAAGAGAGCUUAAGCUGUAUGGAGUGAGAGGAACGGUGGAUGGAGAGGACAUGAUGAUGAUUCGAGAACACAUGCCUGGUUUGAAGAUAUUGGAUAUGGCAAUCACAGGCAGCACAAGGCCAUUGUUUGUCAAAGAUACCUGGUUACUACGACAUCUGUCAUAUGGCGAUCGACCCACCACCAAUCCUUUCGGCAACAUAAAGCAGUACGGAGAACAAGGAUUAGUGUCGUUUUGA